CUUAAAGUAGUUGGAGAUGGGAGCAUGGUCUUACAAAGAAGGACAAGUAUAAACAGUAGUGUCCUUUCUCUCAUCCUCACCAUCAUCAAAUCAGUGCACUCUCUCUAUACCUUAACUAAAUCUUCACACCUCACUUUCUGCAACCCUAAUCAAUCACACUCAUCCAUUCUAUCUAUAUAUACCCAUAAAUCACUCUCUUCUUCCACUUAACCAACAAUGUCCACAUCAGAAAAACCCUUGCAUCCUGGUUUUGCUCUUCUCCAGAGGAACACAUGUCAAACUGGUUUCAGAAAAGGAAGAAGAAAGCAGCAGGAAGCAGGAAGAUUUAUUGGGGUAAGAAGGAGACCUUGGGGUAGAUAUGCCUCUGAAAUUAGAGACCCUAAUACUAAAGCAAGACACUGGCUUGGUACUUUUGAUACUGCUCAUGAAGCUGCUCUUGCUUAUGAUAGGGCUGCCCUUUCCAUUAAAGGUACUCAAGCUAAAACCAACUUCAUUUACCCUAAUUUUCACUCUCUUCUUACUCCUUUUCAGCUCCCCAUUAGCCAGAAUACUAACAAUGUUCAAAUUUCUCCACCCAACCAAUCAUCUGCUGACUCAUGUGCUGCUGAAGUUUCUACUGAUCAUAGUUUCAAUUUCUUCUUUUCUCAAGAGGAUUCUUCUAACUCUGGCUACUUGGGUUGUAUUGUUCCUGAUAACUGCCUAAGACCAACAACUUCCAUUGAUGUUCAGACAAGUGCUAACUCCAAAACUCCAGAAAAUGAUCUGCACCAGUCACAUUUUCAUAGUUAUGGGAUUCCUGUAGAUAGUGGGGCUUGCUUUGAUGAACUCAACAAAGGAUUACUAUGGGGAGAUGAUGAUGGUCACCACUACCAGUACCCUUCUUGGGAAUUGAAAUCUGAUGAGAUUUCUGCGGUUAUCAACUAUAACCCAUUAACGGUAGGUGAUGAUUUCGUGGGAGGUUUCAAUUAUAGCAGCAUUAAUUGCAAUCCUAGUUAUGGCUCAGUACUGUCUCAAGCAACAACUACACCAUCAGUAUCAUCAUAUAAUCCUGCUUAUGGUGACAAUAUAGUAGAUUUUGAUUCUAAACUGAGUUUUUGUUUGAAAAGAUUUCACUUUCUGAAGACAAAAUUUUUGGAAGAAGCACCCAUGUUUAUUAUCUAUCGUCUUCAUUCAUCUUUCUCAACGUCGCCGUCCAAAAUUGCUACAAAUUUUGUCAGUAUUGUUUUUCUUUUUGCCAUCGUUGGAGCUGAAGAUCUGCAUAGAAUUCUGGCGAAGAAAAACAUUAUUUUUGAUAUUUACGAUUUGUUAAUGAUGGUUGAUUGCUGA